GAUCCUAAAAUAUCCUCAGAUUGGUCAAAACCUGAAGCACAAACUGUUUUCUAUCUCAAAUACAACAUUUUUUCACAUUAAAUUAUUAUAAAAUUACGGUUUAAAGCACAAAAUAGGAGAAACUUUCUGCAAAUUUACCCAAAACAUAAAAAAGAGACUGUUUUUAUUUAUAAUAUAAAAUGUAAAUCACAUUUUAAAGCCGAAAUUUAAAGAAAAUUGUUGUAAAGUUUAAUGAAAUUAGUCAAAUACUGAAGCACAACUUUUAUUAUCUUAAAUAAAACAAUAGAAAUUCUAAAGUAGAAAUAAACUUAAAAUCCCUUUUACCUGGUAUUUUGGUGCUAAAAUGUCCUCAGAUUAGUCAAAAAAAUUGAAGCACAAACAGUUUUAUUCUCAGAUAAAACAUUUUUUUCUGAUGAAAUUAUUAUAAAAUUACAGUUUAAAGCACAAAUUAGAGGAAAGUUUCUUUAAAAUCAGGUAUUUUUCUGGUUAAUUUUUAAGUUAAACUUCAGUUUUCAGGUACAUUUCUGUGACUUUAAAGCACAAAGCAAACAGCAGCAGCUGAUCUUUAACAUUUAAAAUAAACUAAAGCAUUUAUCUGGAUUUUAAAUACUAAAUGUUUGCAUUUAUUAGUGAUUGUUGAAGAUUAUAGCUGAAAAUAAUCCGUCUUAUUCAGGGAAAUACACUAAAUAUCAACAUUUUAGCCUCAAAAAAGUUGAGUUGAGAGAAAUAUUUUGUGUUUUUGGCUGAAAAAUCUUUCUUCUGCCUUUUAAUCUGCACAUUUCCUCACUUUUAAAGGUAUUUCUGAUAUUUUUUCCACCAUUCUGAGAGAAUUUAUGAGAUUUAACACAUGAGAACCAAACCAUUUGGUCCUAAAUACUUUAUAAUUUUAGCUGAAAAGUGUUCUCUUCUUUCCUUUUGUUGCUCUUUUUAGCUGCUUGUUGCAUUCCUUUUUAAUCUAAACUUUAAAUUUAUGAAGUUUGAUCCGUCACGCUGAGAGAAACUAGAAAAUGUUGCACAUUUAUGGCUGAAAAAUCGCCUUUUUCCUGCUAUUCUUUGGUCGUUUGAACUGCAAACCUCCAACAAACUGAUUUAUCUGAGUUUAAAACUGCUUAAUCUUGUUUAUAUUUGACUCAUUUCUCAACAUCAAGACACGUUUGAGCUGCAGGGAUGUAAAUGAAGUGAAAAACCUGCUAAAUCUGACAAAGUUUUGCUGCAGAACUGAGCUGUUGCUAAAGCUAGCGCGGCUAAAGCUAGCACGGCUAAAGCUAGCACGGCUAAAGCUAGCGUGACGGCUAGCGGCGCCUGAAUUUGUUGAACUAAAUUUGUUCUAAAAGCUGCAGGACUCCGUUGUCUUUGUCUCUGCUGCAUCUUUUUGUGCUCGUCUUUGUUUUAAACCCUCAGAAACACAGAAGGUUUUUAUUCUUUCGUCUCUGGAACAGAAGAAGAACUCGUCUGGACUCUCAGCUGGAGGUUUUUCAUCACUUUUCAAACACAAACUGAGGCGAUAAAAGCAGCACAUCUGUAUGCUUUAAAGCACAUCUGGAGGGUUUUUAGAAGAAGUUUGUGGAGUUUUCUCACAUUUUUUUGAGGACACCGUGCUGGAUUUUGAGGAUUAAACGCUGAUAAAUGCAGCAGAAGAAGUUUAAAAAGCUGCUCUGAUGUUCUGAAGCAUGUGGCCUAAAAUCUGAAUGAAACUUUACAUUAGUUUGGAAUAAAAGCUCGACCUGAGGACGUCUCCGGAUGUUCAGGUUUCUAUGACGGAGCUGCAGAAAUAAAAGCUGAACAAAGCUCAGAGCGACCAUGGGCUGCAACAUGUGUGUGGUGAAGCGACCGGAGGAGCAGCACCGGAUCACGUUCCAGCAGAAAGGAUGGAGCAGCUCUCUGCGGCCGAUGGACCGACAUGGAACCCUGAAGGCCAGAGGACGACGACCUUCUCAGCUCCCAUUGGACAGAAGCCAGAACUCCCAGGAGCCUUUGCAGCAGCCGAGCUCAGUCCGUAAGAGUCACAAGAGGAAAGGUACGCUCGUCUGCAGCGCAACAGGAAGUUCCUCCUUCUCGUCCAUCGCCAUGGUAGCGAUCCCCGACUGUGUGGACGAGGCCACGCAGACCGACAUCAGCUUCCAGAACUUUGUUACUCUGAGCAGAACCAGAGGUCAUCAUCAUCAUCAUCACAGCCAAGGCUUCCCCCCACCGCCUCCCCCAUCUCCCCCACUCCCUCACCUGCUGGGACCCUUCAAUGAGUUUUGUGUGUUUGACUACAACGACCCCAACGACUACUUCGACGUCUCGAAUCAUGAAGUCGAUCGACAGGACGACCUGGAGUACGAGGAGGUGGAGCUCUACAAGUCCAGCCAGCAGGAGAAGCUCGGUCUGACCGUCUGCUACCGGACUGACGAUGAGGAGGAUCUGGGGAUCUAUGUUGGAGAGGUGAACCCGAACAGCAUCGCAGCGAAGAACGGACGAAUCAGAGAAGGAGACCGAAUACUGCAGAUUAACGGAGUCGACAUCCAGAACAAACAGGAAGCCGUCGCCAUCCUGACCCGAGAGGACAGCAUCAACUUCUCCCUGCUGCUGGCCAGACCCGACACCGAGAAUGAAAACGUUGAGGACGACAUGGAGCUGAUGGACGGAGCAGAUUUACCUCCAGAUCAUCGGGCCUCCUUCACCUCCUCCCACCUGUCUGGAUACUAUCGGCUCCACGGACCAGGACCAGGAGGGCCAGGAGGACCAGGAGGACUAGGAGGAGGUCCAGCUGAUCCUGGGGGAGGCAGGGAGGGGGUCGGGAGUGAGGAUGAUGAUGAGGAGGAUGACGAGGGCCAGGGGGAGAAGGAGGACCGGGACCCUCCAGUGCCGCUGCCCCCUCUGCUGGGUCUGGCUCCGCUGCUGUCAACCAGCCAGGACCUGGACAGUGGAGUGGGUCGGACCGAUUACAGCACCGAGCCCGACCUGCUGGGAGACCAGACAAGCACCUGCAACACCAACACCACCAACACACCGGGCAGCACCAGGAAGUUCAGGCCUGGACCCAGCCCCAGACCCAGUCCUCGGCCCAGCCCCGGCCUCGGUCCCAGCCCCAGACCGAGCCCCAGUCCUGGGCAAGGUCGCGGAGACACCACCCCUCCAUUCCUCCACCUCCGGGAGCUCCAGCUCAGCUCCGACUCGCUGCCCGGUCUGGAUUGGACCCCCGGGGGAGGACCAGCGGCGUUCAGCCCCCACCACCACCACGGCAAGCACUACCUCCACGUCCACCACCAGCCCCCGCUGACGAUGAUGAUGAUGAUGCCGGGUCUGACGGAGGAAGAGUGUCGGCGAUACCAGGAGCUGCUGGAGAUCAAGUGUCAGUACGAGAGGCGCAAUCAGAGAGGAUCGACGACAACCGAACGAGGAGACGCCGAAGGAGACCUGGAGUUCCAGGAGGGGAGAGCGGAGCCCGGAGAGGAGGUCGAGGCUUCUUCUUCGGUGGUGGUGGACGUGAAAUGCAACGAGACGCCGAGCGAACACGAGAUGGCGCUGAUCGAGGAGGAGCUGCGCCACCUGGAGUUCAAGUGUCGCAACAUCCUGCGGGCGCAAAAGAUGCAGCAGCUCCGAGAAAGAUGUCUGAAGGCCUGGAUGAUGGAGGAGGAGACGGCGCCGAGACCUCCAGAACCAGAUCUGGAGGACGACAAUGACGAUAAUGACUCUCACCACCACGAGCUGUCGGCCAUCAACGAGCUGCCAGAACGCGACAGCAGCAGCGCCUACAACACUGGCGGCGAGAGCUGCCGCAGCACGCCAUUGGUCAGCACAGAGCAGAUCCCGCCCCUCCAGGAAGACGAGGACAGUGAGGCGAGAGGGGGGCGGGGCCUGAUGUCUCCACCUCCCCUCCUUCCCUUAAGCCGCCUCCCCCCUCUGAACUCCCCCCUCACCCCCCGACGUCACCGAGACCGAGAGCGCCGUCACUCCAACCUCAGCUGCUCCUUCUCCCCAAGCUCAUACAGGAAGUACGAAGCAGCCAAUGGCAGCACGGCGACCGGCUCAAGCUCCACCCCCUCUACACCUUCAAAGUUCAGAUCGCUGAGCAGGGAGGUGGCAUCAUCAUCAAGAAGAGCUGAUGGAGGGCGGAGCUCCAGAGCAGGUGGUGCCCCCAGGAGGUCUGAUGGUGGAAGUGCAGAGUCGAGUCCAUACUUCUCCAGAAGACGCCACAGUAAACCUCUGGACCGCUAUCAGAGCUGCAUGACGCUGCCGUCCGAGGGUCUGGUGGAGCCUCUGGACCGGGUCAGGGACCGGGUGGGGGACCGAGUCCGACCAGAGGGCGAGGACAGAGGGAUGGGAACCGGCAGCAGCUGCCCGGCCAGCCCUCGCAGUGUCAACAGCGCCCCCUGUCCUCUGGAGGACCAACAUGGCGGGGCGUCCAGGCUGGGGCUGGCCUUACCACUGGGACUGACCCAGUCAUCACCGACCGCCUCACCACAGCGCAUGGAGUGGAAGGUGAAGAUCCGCAGCGACGGAACUCGAUAUGUGGCGAAGCGUCCGGUCAGAGAUCGACUACUGAAGGCUCGAGCCUUGAAGAUUCGAGAAGAACGAAGUGGGAUGACGACGGACGACGACGCUGCCAGUGAGAUGAAGCAGGGUCGAUACUGGAGCAAAGAAGAGAGGAAGCAGCAGCUGCUCAGAGCCCGAGAGAACCGAAGAAGAAGAGAGUUCAUGAUGCAGAGUCGCCUGGAUUACCUCAGAGGAGACAGGGAUCCUUCGUCUUCGUCGUCUGGAGUCACUGAUCAGCUUCAGAACAACAACAACGUCCUGCUGCUGAGCCACAAGAAGCUGACGAGGAGGAGGAACCGCCGAAUCAUGGACAACUGGAUCACCAUCCAGGAGCUGCUGGCCCACGGAUCCAGGUCUCCGGACGGGAAGAAGAUCUACAACCCUCUGCUGUCCGUCACCACCGUGUGAUUGUAGGAAGACUCAGGAUUUACAGGAAGGAGGGGAAACGGUGGAUAGACCUCAAAUAUGAGACAGAAACUGAGCUGAAACUACGAAGAGGAUGAUUAAAGACCUGGAAAGUUCAAACCCUGUGAAUAGACGUGAAAAUGAGUUUUACAGAUAUUCAUGUUAGAUCCUGAAGGAAACACCGGAGAGGAACUGAUGUCCUUCCUUCAACCAUCUGAGGAAUUCCUGGUUCAUGUUUCAAUCUAAAGUCCUGCAGCUCUGUGAAACCAGAACAUGAAGAAGAACUCAGAAAUGUCCUCAGCAGUACGCAGUAAAUCAGAAUUUACUUCUUCUGACCACAAGAAAUGUACCUCUAGAACCUCUUUCGGUGGCAGAGAAGUGCCCACACUGCUGUACGUACUUCUUCUACUUUAAACUGGUCACUACUACCACUUGUUUCUGCUUGUGAUGUCCUAACAUUCUCCUCUGUUGUUCUAUUUCCUACUUAGAACUGGCAUGAGGUCCAGGAACUGCUAAUUGUUGAUUUUCUGCACACUUCAAACUGUUAGAUCCUUCGCAGCAGAGUUCCUUCUGUGGAAAGCUGCCUCUUCUUGUUAUCCAGAUACAGUGUUUACUGGUGUUGCAAUCUAUACAUCAGUUCAAACUGAGGUGAAGUCGCAUCUGUGUGAAUCAAAAAAGCAUUUCUCCUUAUUCCAAGUCUUUCCCAAGAGAGGCUGAAGGGUUAGAAACAGAAAGACCCUCUGGAAUUGGUCAGAGAUGGUUCACAGCAUUACAAGUACCUGAUAAGUGUUGCUGUAGAUCCCCUUCCAUGUUUACAGAUGGCUGUUCCAAUGCAGGAACUUGGUGUAAAUGGUGAACCUGCCUGGAGAGGAAAAUCAAGACUGCAUCAUAAGUACCUGAUAAGUGGUACCACACACAUCAUCCCUUGUUUAAAAAUAUGGCAAUUCCAGGUCAUUUUCCAUUGAAGGAACUUGGUGUAAACAGUGGUGAAACCACCUGGAAAGGACUAUUAAGACUGCUUCAUAAGUACCUGAUAAGUGGCACAUUAGAUUCCCUUCCAUGAUUACAGGUGGCAGCUCGUCAUAAUUUCCUACAAAAGGAACAAGACGGGAAUGGUAUUAAAACUGCCCAGAGACGAACAUCUAGACUGCAUCAUAAGUACCUGAUAAAUGGUAUACUGGACCCCAUCCCACUGAUUAAAGAUGGCAGUUCCUGGUCAUUUUUUACCACAGGAACUUGGUGUAAACAGUGGUGAAACUGCCUGGAGAGGAAUAUCAAGACUACAUCAUAAGUACCUGAUAAAUGGUGCCGCAUACCUCAUCCCUUGCUUAGAAAAGCGGAAAUUCCAAGUAAUUUUCCUCUUCAGGUACUUGGUGUAAAUGGUGAACCUCCCUGGAGAGGAACAUCAAGACUUCAUCAAACGUACUUGAUAAGUGGUAUACUGGAUUACCUUCCAUGUUUACAGAUGGCACCUUGUCAUAAUUUCCUACAACAGGAGCAAGGCGGGAAUAGUGUUGAAACUGCCCAGGGAUGAACAUCAAGACUGCAUCAUAAGUACCUGAUAAGUGGUAUAGUAGACCCCAUCCCACCGAUUAAAGAUUGCAGAUCCUGGUCAUUUUUCACUGCAGGAACUUGGUUUGAAUAGCAGUGAAACUGCCUGGAGAAUAAUAUAAGAUUGUAUUAUAAGUAACUGAUAAGUGGUACCACAUACAUCAUCCCUUGUUCAGAAAAAUGUCCGUUUCAGGCAAUUUUUACUGCAGUAAUUUAAACAGUGGUGAACCAGCCUGCAGACUAUUAUCAGGACUACAUCAUAAGUACCUGCUCAUUGCUGCCUCCUGCGGCUAAAACUCCUCAUUACCAGCAGUGGAAUGUGGGAUUAAUGUACAGAAAUUUAUCGCUACGAUGCUGAGAAAUUAGACAAAUUAUUCAAAGUUUUAUAAAGACACGGUGAAGACGGACCAAUGAUGUGAUCUGAGGGUGAAAUAUUCCACUUUUAUAUUUGUCUGUUUUUGAUUUUUUGUAAGUUGUCUUAAAGAGUUUCAUCUCUUGCCUUUCAAUCAUUUGUCAAAUCACAAAUGCCUUUGAAAAUGUUAUUUUUUAACAUUAUUGUGUGUUAAAUUGUCGACAUUUAGCAUCAAACUGUUCCUAGAAUUUUAUACAUUUUGUACGUUUUGUUGUGAGUUUUUCCUGCAGGAUGGUUCACGGUGAGGUCAAGGAUUCUGGACCGACGUACAACGAGAUCCUAAAUGCAUGACUUCAGCAUCGAAUUUAUAUUGGAUAGAGUUCUUGUCAUGUACAAAAAGCCUUGUUCAGACAUUUUUAGUAGUCAAAGACGUGAAAGUGCAAAACAAUUAAAAUUAAAUUGAAGUGAAAGCAGAA